UGUCACCAGUGGUGUGGUUAUUUGACUGUUGUAAGUAACGAUUUUAAAAUUCAGGGUUGACACUAUGGGUAACGAUCAUCCACAUCAUCAUCAUCAUCGUCAUCAUCACGACUGUUGUUGCGCGACUUGUCGUCCUCCCCCACCACCACCUCCUCCAUGCUCCAGUCCCUGGCCACAGCAAACCUGGAACUAUGGACCUCCCCCUCCCCCUCCACAUCAUCAUCAUCAUCAUCAUCCGCCACCACCGCCUCCUCCAGGGUUUCCAAGCUGUCCACCACACCAUCACCAGCCUCCCCCACCAAGAUACUAGAUGAUCGUGAUAUCUAGCUAUAUAAAGGGAAAUGAAGAAAAUUGCGGGAAUCUUAAACUUAAAUAGCUUUUGAGAGGAAACGACUAUUUUGUUAGCACUGUACUUUAUUAAGCCUAUAUAAACGAAUUUUACUAUUUAAAAUGUUUAUUAC